AUGCAGGAUGAGGAUAACAAUUCUAGUGAGACCGGUGUUCCAUUGAUAUUUAAGAGUCGAGAUGAGUUAAUUCGAUGGGCACGUCAAGUUAGAAGAAGAAAUGGAUUCGUUAUUGUCGUGCAAAAAUCAGAUGGGGGUGGUAUUCGAGAUAGGAAGCCAAGACUUUGCUUAGCUUGUGAGAGGAGUGGAUCUUAUAGGAACACUCAAAAAAACAGCAGGCCUAGGAAAAAAAAAGCAAGACUGAUUGGUACAAAAAAAUGUGAAUGCCCUUUUUUAUUGAAGGGCAAAAAAUUAGCCACAAAUGAUGAUUGGAUCUUGAUAGUGGUUUGUGGUGUGCACAAUCAUCCUGCUGCAGAAUAUUUUGAGGGUCAUUCUUAUGCUGGAAGGUUGUCACAUGAGGAAACCUCUUUGUUGGUAGACAUGUCGAAGAGUAUGGUACGACCGAGUGAGAUAUUAGUUAUAUUGAAACAACGUGAUGAUGCAAAUGCUUCCACAAUGAAGACAAUUUACAAUGCAUGUCAUAGGUAUAAAGUUGCUGAGAAAGCUGGGAGAUCUCAAAUGCAACAACUAUUAGGUCAAUUAGCGGUGAACAAGUACAUUGAGUGGCAUAGGAGCUGUGUAGAUACUGAGAUAGUGAUUGAUUUGUUCUUUGCACAUCCUACUAGUUUGAAUUUGUUACAUGCAUUUCCAAAAGUAUUCUUGAUGGAUUGUACUUAUAAGACCAAUCGAUAUCGGUUUCCCCUUCUGGAGAUUGUAGGUGUGACAUCGAUAGACAUGACCUUUUCAGUUGCAUUUGCAUACCUCCAGUAUGAGAAGGAGGAUAACUACACAUGGGCACUUGGUCUUUUGCGUAGUGUCAUGGAUGAAAAUACUUUUCCUUCUGUUAUUGUCACAGAUAGAUAA